UAGAAUCAACAUAACCUCAACAAACUCACCGUCCUUCCACUAGUAAAUCAAUUUUUGUUUUUAAAUUAAAUACAUAGUUUUCCAUUUAUUAUGACAUUUUCAAGUUCUUAUAAACUAGAAUGCUAUGUAUUAUUGUUUAUAAUAAUUCUAAUAAGUAAAUUUUGCAACAUUUCAUUAGCAUUUAGCCUAAUGGCUCCAAUUUGAAAUAACUAGAUUGAUUAGCCAAAUACAACUGAACAUGUUAGGGUACCUAUUGAUUUGAUUUUAAAUAAUAAAAUCAAUAUGCAUUAUAUUUAACAAUGUUUUUAAUAUUAGUUGAGAGGUGUACAGUGUAUAUUAACAUUGGCACACCGCUACAAUGUUUAUAGGAAAAUAACAUCUAAAUUUACUAAUUCAUUAUCUACAUACUUGUUUGCUAAUAAUUAGCAAAAUUGUUGAUUACAACUGUAAUCUUAUCAGUUUAAUUAUUGUUGGCUAGCUAAUGAAAAGCGUAUCAAUAAAUAAAUAGUGCAAUGUUUUUGAGAACUGCUUUAAACUUAUACAAGCAGUUUGUGCUUACAAUUAGAAGGCUAAUUUUCUGAAUACAUCAAGACAAAUCUAUUUAAAAUAAAAUUAUUCUUUGAUAAUUCAACAAGGAAACUAUGGACGUGCGGAGGAAAAUUAACAAAAAAUUGUGGAAGAAGAAAAAUAUAGUUUUGUGUUUGGAGAGUUUACAAAUGGGUACAAUGACUGCAUCAAAACUUAAGGAAAUUGACAGCAGACGAAGAAUUCUUGAAAUGAGUGUGAGCAGAUUGAUGGAUUUGCGGCAAGCCCAGGAUGGCUCUGUGACAUACUUGGAUUUGGAUGGUUACAGCGGUCGAUUUUUGUUAUCGGCCUGCAACAGCGGCUCAAUCUUCAUUCAUGAUCUGGCGAAUUUGACGGGUGAUCUGCGCUACGAAAGCCGCGUCGUGGGCCAGUGCUUGCCCGGUGACCCGGGGCAUAGUGGUGCCCGCCUGGAGACGGCGCAGUGGUAUCCGUUCGACACCGGUCUGUUCACCACCAGUGGUGGUAACUCUCAGUUGCGGGUCUGGGAUGGCAACCAGUUGAGGUGGAUCGAGGUAAUCGACGUGAAGGACACCAUAAACCGACACCACAUGAGCCCCGUGCCGUCGCACACCAGUUGUCUGGUUGCUGUGGCAACUUUAUCGGAAUUCGUCUACCUGGUCGACUUACGAACCGGCAACAGUGUACGGGAAUUACGUGGUCACAUGGAAGGCGUGAACGCUUGCGCGUUUUCGCCGCGCGAAGCGCACCUGCUGGUCACUGGCGGUGUGGACGGUUCCGUGCUGCUCUGGGACGUCCGUAUGUCCCGCGGAUAUCUGCGUGAAAUGCCCAAGGACAGUUCCGAGACGUCUAAAAAGACGCCGAAAAAAUGCCUGAUCAAAAGUGUGUGUUUCUGCAGUGAUGGACGAUCUGUGGUGCUUGUCAACCAAAAAGGAAAAAUUCUGUUAUGGAACUUGUUUAAUAAUGAUAGAAGUAAAAGUGUGAGAGAGUUCACAGGCACGUCCAACGGAAAGACCAUCAGAAUUCAGAUGGAUGUUAGUUCUGAUCUGGACAUUGUAUUUAUCCCUGAGAACCGCUCAGUUGCUGUAUACUCUUUGAAAACCUGCAACAUCGUGAAACGUCUGAACGAUCAUUACGGUCUAGUGAACUGUUGUCGGUUCAAUUCGUUCAGCCAAGAGUUGUACAGUGGCGGGAUGGAUCAUAUCAUAGUGCCUUAUAGAGCUGAGGCCGAAAUAUCGCGCGGGUUCACUGUGGAUUUGGAGAGAAAAGACUAUGAUGUCUACACGGGAGGAAAUGAGAUGAAGAGUAGUUGGAAAACCGGUCUCAAGGUAAAACCGUCAAAGGAUUCCUUGUGGAAUGACAGUGAUAGUGAUUAAUGAUUUAUUGAUCUAUUGAUGUGUUUAUUGAUUUAUGAAUUUAUUGAUUUCUCGGAAUCUCAAAGCAAACUUAUCACACAAUUCCUUGUGGAAUAACAUUGAUUGUUAUUAAUGAUCUAUUGAUUUGUUGAAUUAUCCAUUUAUGGAUUCAGUUAUCUAUUGAUUUAUUGUAAAUAAUGACUAUAGUGAAUAAUAUUGUAAAGGCUUAAUUUAUAUGUAUUAUUUAUACUUAACAAAACUAGUCACCCGUGUUAAGCAGUUAACUAUGAUCUAUUCUACAUUGUCACAAACUAGAAAUGUAUUAUUUUAUUCUUUGAAUGAUGAGCCAAUGCAAAAUACUGAUCUAAAAAUCUUCUCCAGUUUUCUAUUCACAAACAGAAUAGUUGAAAUUGAAUCAUUUUUGGAGGUCAUUAACCUUACAUUUAUGUAAGGUAUGUAUGCAUUAUGUAUGUAUCUAGAUACUUUUUUAUUCAUUCACACCUUGUGUUGUGUGUGAGAUAAUAUACUGUAACAAUAAUGAACUAUUUCAGUAAGAAAUACAUUCAUCAACUACAUGGGCGUAGAACCUGGGGGGGGGGGGCGCGUCCCCACCAAUAUUUUAUGGUAUAUGCUAUGUCCCCCGGAAAAAAUUAUUAAAGGCUCAAAUUAUGGCUGGUAAUCAAAACAAACAAUACAACUGAUGCUGUUUUAUUAUGCUGGUUUUUUUUUGUAAAUAAUUUUUAUUUAAUAAAACUUGAAACUAUUAACUCAGAAUUAUAUUUAUUCACCCACUAUUUUACCACUGCCAAAUAAGAGGAUUUAAAACGGAUUUGAAGUGAAAUAUGCUUUAAAAAUCACCAUUUUUAUAAGCUAUUUUUCAAAAAAAUCUUUGCUGGGGGGGGGCACCCCCAGACCACUCAGUACGUCCUCCCCAAUGUCAAACAGCAAUCUACGCCAAUGAUCAACUGACUGUGUUCACUAUCGAAUUUCUUGAAAUUUUAUCACAAGAGUCAAAUUUAAAUUGAUAAGGGAAUAAUAUUUAUUUUAAAAUAUUCAAAUUAUUAUGUAUUUACAUUUAUAUUACAUACAUUGAAUAUUUUUAUUAUAUUACAUAGACUUAUAUGUUCGAACCAUAAUGUAUUCUUUUGAUAUUUUGUAUUUUCUCAACACUGUGAAACUAAGCCCCGGUUGCAGAAAAGCUCGUUAAAUUUCAACCGUUAUUGAUUCCACGAGAACUAAUCAGAAAAGCCGCCUUCUCUGAUUAGUUCUCGUGAAAUUAACGACAGUUAAAAUUUAACCGGAUUUUCUGCAACCGGCACUAAGUGCUUUGACAUUUCGUUGUAUAGUAAACAACCAGUGUUUUGUACAAUAAAGAUAAGCAUUUGUUUCUAUUUAAUAACGUUUUUAUUUUCAUAAUUCUAUAGCAAAGCAACCAGUUUUUUGUACGAUAAAGAUUAAAAAAUUGUUUCUAUUCAAAAA